UUCCUCGGAUGGGGGAUGACGGAAGAGCAUUGAGCGAAAAGCCCCGUGUUUCUACCGCAUAGAAACCCAGCUAGCCAAGCGAUAGCCUUUGGAGACUAGGAAAGUUCAACUAUACACCAUAGAUAGUAAACCAUUUUAUUUAUAUUUUACAAACCUUUGAUUUUGAUAACAUUUUUCAACGAUUUGGCGCGUAAUGUCUGAUACAGACAAGAUUUUGCAACCCAAGCGACUGCAGCCCCGCCCCCUGAAGGCGUUACGGGUGUGUUUCCUGCGGAAUGGAGACCGGCACUUCCAUGGCGUUAACAUGGCUAUAUCGAGAAGCCACUUCAAGGACUUCCAGACCCUGCUACAGGCGGUAACCGAAGCAUUGAGACGCCACGUGGUCCUGCGAUCGGCCAUCAUAAAUAUCCUUCGGAUCGAUGGAUCGCCUUUCACAUCGCUGGGUUGUUUCUCCGAGGGCGACAUUGUGAUCUGCUGUUGCCAGUACGAAGAGAUGAUUUGGGUCGAGUACAGCGUUAACAAGGACUUCCAAAGGCAGAUGGACUUGCAAAACCGUUGGCACCAACGUAAGAUAUAUAGCGAAACCCUGGAGAAGAUCACGGCCCAGGAUCUUCCCGAGGCCAUUAAGCUGUACAUUAAUAACCUGAAACCCAUGGUGCAAACUACAAGGACGCUUAUCUAUAGCGGCAAAACGAGGGCAAGCAGGAUGAGGUGCAUUGUGAAGAUGGUGAAUAAGCAGUACAUGAACUAUACCUGCGAGGAUCCCUAUAUAGAGGCGGAUGUCCUGCGCCACCUGCAAUCGCACCCGAAUAUUGUGGAACUGAUGUACUCCGUGGAGGAGGAAAGGUAUAUGUACAUGGUGUUGGAGUAUCUGGACUGGGAUGUGGAGGAGUUGCUACAGGAAUAUGGUUCCAUGUCGGAGGAAAAUGCCAGAUCAGUGGUGAGGGGCACGGCGGCGGGACUGACUCACAUGCAGCAGUUGCAAAUCAUCCAUCGGGAUAUCAAGCCCGGGAAUCUGCUCAUAAGCUUCUCAUCCACUUCUGGGAUUGACUUCGAAUUGGUCAAGAUAGCCGAUUUUGGCAUGUCUGCAUACUACCGGGGCAGCAAGCUCCAUUCCUGUUGUGGAACCCCCUGCUACAUGGCUCCUGAAUUGGUAGCAGAGUCGGGAUACGAUUACCAGGUGGAUUCGUGGUCACUGGGCGUGACCCUCUUCCAAUUGCUCUAUGGCAAGCUGCCCUUUGGAAAUUUCUCCCAAAUUGUGGUGGAGGUUUAUGCGGCCAUCAUGAGUGUCGAGCCCAGCUAUCCUAAGGAAAUGGAAGGUCUCCUGAGUCCAGAGGCCAAGAAUUUGAUUGAUGGUUUGCUGAUGAAGAACCCCAGCAAAAGGCUUACCAUCGCAGAGGUCGUCCAACAUCCCUUUCUAGCCCAGUAGCUUUGAUUUUAAUAUUUUUAAAAUUCACAGUAUAUUUAGGUUUGUUUAGGUUAUCAAUAAAUUAGAAAAAUUUCCAGUUAGGCACAUCACAAAGACCCAAGAUUUAUGGUGGUGGUGAACGGUUUUAAUUGGCUUGAUGUAGUUAAAAAUCAACUACGCAUGACUUUACCGAUGACUGCACAGUGAUAUUUGUUUGAAUAUAUCUCGGCUAUUAACGUCACAAUUUAUUUAUUAUUUGUGUUUGCACAAUGCAGCCGAAAUGCGCGUGAGUCCGGAGGUAAACACUCGGAUAUUACGUAUACGACACCUUGUACGAAUUCGAGUCAAGAUACAAACUACAGACGAGGGCCAUUGUUUGCGCUGUCUAUUUAAAUGGAGAGCCUAGUACGUCUGAUAAAUCAGAACUUUCCGGACCAACCUAUCGAUAUUGCGACACUUCAUGAGGGGCAUACAAAACAUCAAGCAUACGCCACCCCUUCCUUCCUCGUCACAAACUCAAGGUCGCCUGCAUUGAGAAGUGUCUCUGCCUUCUGAUUUCGUUGAUAAGAUGAGCUUAUCGCACUUAUCUUCCGCUUCGCUUUCAAUUUACGAAUCAUUCCAAUUGAACUUAUUCCGCGGCAAAGCCACAACUUGUAUCUUUCAGUAACAGUAUCUGUGAGAGCAUC